CGAUCCGAUGGAUGGCCCCAUCCAUGUCUUUCUCCAAAUCGUCUCAACUCCUUAGACGAGCGACUUCUGGGGGUUUUGCGCUCGUCUAGGUUGUAAAGCUCCCCACCCCUUUUUCAGUCCAAAUUGGUGUCAUUUUUUUCCUACCAUCAUCGGAUCGCCUACUCAAGAUGUCGAAUACCACGGCCCGAACUGCCCCUCGGGGAUCGUCUUCGGCUUCCACCAACUACACCCCGGUGCCUCAAUCUCCAAAGCAAGAUGCUCCGAUCACGGGAGAUGCUACGCACCAGAGUAGGGACUCCCUACAGGAACCGCCCGCGGACCAGAUAGAUAAGCAAGACAGCUUCUUGGCCUACUUAUCGACGAAAGAGUUUUACAUUACCCUACUUCUUGGGCAGGUUUUGGCCAUUGCAAAUACCGCCUGUAGCACUUUCAGCACCCUCCUAGUCCGCGAGGGAACCUCAAUUCCGGCUUUCCAGACCUUCUUUAACUAUUUCUUGCUCAACAUUAUAUUCACCCCGUAUACUAUAUAUCGUUAUGGCACUAGGGGCUGGGCUCGAAUGGUGCUCCAUCACGGCUGGAAAUACAUCUUCUUGUCCUUCUGCGAUGUGGAAGGCAACUACUUCAUAGUGCUGGCGUACCGCUACACAACCAUGCUGAGCGCUCAGUUGAUUAACUUCUGGGCAAUUGCGGUUGUUGUCAUCGUGUCCUUCACAUUCUUGCGCGUGCGUUAUCAUAUUACCCAGGUUCUCGGUAUCAUGAUCUGCAUUGGCGGAAUGGGCGUCCUGAUCUCCUCGGAUCAUAUCACUGGUACCGAUGAUGGGAACUAUUCCCGCGGGGACCAAAUCAAGGGAGACCUCUUUGCGCUCCUAGGUGCGACAUUCUACGGCCUUGCCAACACCGGGGAGGAAUUCUUCGUCAGCACGGCCCCUGUGUACGAAGUGCUCGGCCAAAUGGCAAUGUACAGCAUGGUUAUCAACGGCGUCCAGGCGGGCAUCUUCGACCGCAGUUCAUUCCAAACUGCAACUUGGAAUAUCCAGGUUGGCGUCUACUUGACAGGGUAUACACUUUGUCUUGCCUUUUUCUAUUGCAUGGUACCGCUACUGUUCCGGCUGUCGUCCGCUGCAUUCUUCAACAUCUCGAUGCUGACCAUGAACUUCUGGGGAGUGCUCAUCGGCGUCGGGAUGUUCCACUACACGAUCCACUGGAUGUACCCUAUCGCAUUCAUGCUCAUUAUCAUCGGGCAGCUCAUCUACUAUCUGGGACGACGCGUUCUGGGAGAAGCGCGCAAGCCCUGGUUAGGACGGAACCAGGAACGCGGUGUGUCGGGAUUAUUUACGGCAAGGAGAAAGAUCGAGAGCACUCCUGGUCGGAGUCGUAGUGACUCCGUAUCAACGACUUAUUCCGAACAUGACCCCAUGCUGCCGCACACCAGCGCGGCGUAGGGACGCUGGCGUUCCUAUCACCCGAACUUAUAUACAUUCUAGACAGACCAGUUCGCUAGACACGACGCCAUGAGUUUCAUGAUAGAGUCUCCAUUGGGGUUUUCAUGAUCAAGCAGAAUACUUUAUAUCUAGAAGUUUUGAGCAGUUCAGAGAACCCUUAUGAUACCAUUCUAGAUGACAUGAUAAAUACUAUGCGAAGUUCUGAGCCCUUAUAAUAUACAUAGCAAUGAACG